GAUCACUGGCGCAGCAUUAGUUUUGAGUUGGCUACCAACGCGAGCGGGUCAUUCUCUCUUCAAGCGACACGUACUUAUUAGACACGAUUUAAUUUUAAGAAUACUCCGAACGAAUUAAAGUACUUUAAUAACGCCCUCACUCAUCCUUAAAAUCUUCAAAUUAAAUUAACCAUUUCACAUGAUUUUGCAUAUUGGAACAAACUAAAAAUUUAUAAAAGAUAUAAAUUAAUUAUUGUAAACAAAUCUCCGAAACGAAAUUUAACGGAUAAUAAAUAACUGAUAAAAACUGCAACCAACAACAUGAUGAUGGAGAAUGGACUCUCCAUGGAGUAUGGAGACGGCUAUAUGGAGCAAGAAGAAGAAUGGGAGCGCGAAGGACUUCUUGACCCCGCGUGGGAAAAGCAACAGAAGAAGACAUUUACUGCAUGGUGUAAUAGCCAUCUGCGAAAAGCUGGAACAUCCAUCGAUAACAUUGAUGAGGACUUUCGCAAUGGGCUGAAGCUUAUGUUGCUGCUUGAAGUAAUUUCGGGUGAAACCUUGCCAAAACCUGAUCGUGGCAAGAUGCGCUUCCAUAAGAUCGCUAAUGUAAACAAAGCCCUGGAUUUCAUUGCAUCGAAGGGCGUGCAUUUGGUAUCGAUAGGCGCUGAGGAAAUCGUUGAUGGAAAUCUAAAGAUGACGCUGGGCAUGAUAUGGACAAUCAUUUUACGUUUUGCUAUUCAGGAUAUUUCCGUUGAAGAGAUGACCGCUAAAGAAGGCUUGUUGUUGUGGUGCCAACGCAAAACGGCUCCUUAUAAGAACGUCAAUGUUCAAAACUUCCAUCUGUCAUUCAAGGACGGUUUAGCAUUCUGCGCCUUGAUUCACCGGCAUAGGCCGGACUUGAUUGAUUAUUCCAAACUCUCCAAAGACAAUCCAUUGGAAAAUCUCAACACUGCCUUUGAUGUUGCUGAGAAAUAUCUUGAUAUUCCAAGGAUGUUGGAUCCAGAUGAUUUGAUCAACACUCCUAAGCCGGAUGAACGCGCUAUUAUGACAUACGUGUCCUGUUACUAUCACGCCUUCCAGGGAGCCCAACAGGUUGGAAAUGUGACGCAUGUACCCGAACCCACAAGACAAUACACCUACGUCCCGAAUUACAAUGCGGAGACGGCAGCUAACCGUAUUUGUAAAGUGCUUAAGGUGAACCAGGAGAAUGAGCGCCUCAUGGAGGAGUACGAACGUCUUGCAAGCGAUCUUUUGGAAUGGAUACGCCGGACAAUGCCAUGGUUAAACUCUCGCCAGGCAGACAAUUCGUUGGCCGGUGUACAAAAGAAGUUAGAAGAAUACCGAACCUAUCGUCGCAAGCACAAGCCGCCACGUGUGGAACAAAAAGCAAAACUCGAAACAAACUUCAAUACUUUGCAAACAAAACUUCGCUUAUCUAACCGUCCGGCAUAUCUACCGACCGAGGGCAAGACGGUCGCUGAUAUUUCGAAUGCUUGGAAAGGACUGGAGUUAGCGGAAAAGGCAUUUGAAGAAUGGCUUCUUGCUGAAACAAUGCGCUUGGAACGCUUAGAACAUCUGGCGCAAAAAUUCAAGCACAAGGCUGAUGCUCAUGAGGAUUGGACUCGCGGAAAAGAAGAGAUGUUGCAGUCUCAAGACUUCCGUCAAUGUAAAUUAAAUGACUUGAAAGCCCUCAAGAAAAAGCAUGAGGCUUUUGAAUCCGAUUUAGCUGCUCAUCAGGAUCGUGUCGAACAGAUUGCGGCAAUUGCUCAGGAAUUAAAUACUCUCGAAUAUCACGAUUGUAUAUCGGUUAAUGCUCGCUGUCAACGUAUCUGUGAUCAAUGGGAUCGCUUGGGUGCGCUCACGCAGCGUCGUCGAACAGCCUUAGAUGAGGCUGAACGUAUCUUGGAGAAAAUCGAUAUACUGCACCUGGAGUUCGCUAAAAGAGCUGCUCCGUUCAACAACUGGUUAGAUGGCACACGUGAAGAUUUAGUUGAUAUGUUUAUUGUACAUACAAUGGAGGAAAUACAAGGUCUCAUUCAAGCGCAUGAUCAGUUUAAGGCCACAUUGGGAGAAGCUGAUAAGGAGUUCAACUUGAUUGUCAACUUAGUACGUGAAGUGGAAUCAAUUGUUAAGCAACACCAAGUCCCUGGAGGCUUGGAAAAUCCGUACACAACACUCACUGCCAAUGAUAUGACAAGAAAGUGGAGUGACGUUCGUCAAUUGGUACCACAACGUGACCAAACGCUUGCAAAUGAGCUACGUAAACAACAAAAUAAUGAAAUGUUGCGUAGGCAGUUCGCUGAAAAGGCAAACAUUGUAGGACCAUGGAUUGAGCGACAGAUGGAUGCUGUUACUUCAAUCGGAAUGGGCCUACAAGGCUCGCUCGAAGAUCAAUUGCAUCGCCUUAAGGAGUACGAACAGGCAGUAUAUGCCUACAAACCCAACAUUGAAGAGUUAGAGAAGAUUCACCAGGCCGUGCAAGAAUCUAUGAUAUUCGAAAAUCGUUACACGAAUUACACAAUGGAAACAUUGCGCGUUGGCUGGGAACAACUGUUGACUUCUAUUAAUCGUAAUAUCAAUGAAGUCGAAAAUCAAAUUCUUACACGUGACUCUAAGGGAAUAAGUCAAGAGCAAUUAAAUGAGUUCCGGUCCAGUUUCAAUCACUUCGAUAAGAACCGUACCGGACGACUAACUCCUGAAGAAUUUAAGUCAUGCCUUGUCUCUUUGGGUUAUUCUAUCGGAAAAGACAGACAAGGAGAAAUGGAUUUCCAAAGAAUUUUAGCUGUCGUCGACCCCAACUCAACUGGUUAUGUGCAUUUCGAUGCCUUCCUUGAUUUUAUGACUCGAGAAAGCACCGAUACUGAUACCGCCGAACAAGUGAUUGAUUCGUUCAGAAUUCUCGCAGCCGAUAAGCCAUAUAUAUUGCCUGAUGAGCUCAGACGUGAACUCCCUCCAGAUCAAGCAGAAUAUUGCAUACAGAGAAUGCCACCAUACAAAGGACCCAACGGAGUGCCUGGAGCUCUUGAUUACAUGUCCUUCAGUACUGCUCUAUAUGGCGAAACUGACUUGUAAGAAAGAGAAAUGCCAAUAAUAACGGAAACAUCGAAUAAAAUGAAUAGUUCACUAAAGGAAUGCAUUCAAUUUGUAUUGAUACCAUUUGAAAAACUACGGUGCCAUCAAAACAAGAGUGAUUUUGCAGUGUGUUUCGAAUAUUUAAAUUUAUAAAAUUUCGAUACAUUUCCGGAGCAUAAAAAUUCUGAUAUACAUAUCUAUAUAUUCUAUUGUUACUAACAACCAUCAAGCGGUUUACAUAUAUAAAAUCAUAAAUGUGAACAUUUGUUGCGCAUAUCGGAGUACAUAUCAAAAUAUCUAGGGUAAUGAGGGCACAAUAUAAGUACUUAUGUAACUCAGCAAAAUCAAAUGUGUAUGCUCGUACACACGCCCAGAACUGCUUGCCAUUGCCAUCCUGUAUUUUGAAAUCUUGAAAUUUUUAAUCGUGAUCAUAUUCUCUGAAUAUAAUUAUUUGACCGAAUAAAUAUAUAAAAGGUUGGACUGUAAACAAAUGGUCAAUACGAUUUAAGUGGACGAUUGAAAGGAACAUAGAAUAAAGAAAGAUAAAUCAAUAAGAAUGUUAGUUCUAUAGGCGGCCAGAAAACAGCUAUUUGAUUUACUAAUACAUUUCUGGGGCGAAUAUUAUAUAUUUAUUUUUUAUCUUUUGUUAUGUUAAUUUAAUAUUUAUUUCGAGAUUAUUUAUAAUGAUUUCAUAACUCUUUAUUUAAUUUCUAAUUACGUUUUAUAUAAUUAUUAUAUAAACUAGUAUAUGUUACAAUGAUUGAAAAAUGAGAAAAGAGGGCAUUAUAUAAUAAUUUGUAAGGAUUCUAGAAUGUUCAGAUGAUAUCAAAAUGAAGUACACUUAUAACACCUAUUAAAGUCAAAAAAUAUACUUUUGUAUAUUAAAACAAUCCAUACAUUUCUGAGCUUAAAAUAAUCACAUUUAACAUACAAUUAU